GAGUGGCCCAGACGCCGUCAUGAACGCCCGCACCGCCGCCCGGACGACGCUCCUAGCCGCGCUCCUGGUCGGAGUCGCCGCGGAAGAGGCCCGCUACCUGAACGCGUGGGCCGUGCGCGUACGCGGAGGGCCCCUGGAAGCAGCACAGCUAGCGCAAGAGCUGGGAUACCGGUACCUAGGACCCCUGCGUGGCUUCGAGGACACCUACAUGCUCCGCAAGAUGGACACGCCGGACAGGUCCCGGCGCUCGGCAAGACGCGUCACGAAGAGGCUUGCAAUGGACCAGCGGGUGCUCUGGGCCGAGCAGCAAGAGGUCCGUGUUCGGGACAAGCGGCAUGGACCUACCGAGGAACAACAAGCCCUAAGGUUCAACGACCCGCUGUGGAGCCGCCAGUGGUACAUUCACGACACGCGAUCCUCCCCGGACCUUCCGGAGCUGGACCACCGGGUGACUCAGGUGUGGGACAUGGGGUUCACCGGGAAGGGCAUCGUGGUCACUGUCAUGGACGACGGACUCGAGUGGAACCACACGGACCUGGUGCAGAACUACGCACCGGAGGCCAGCUACGACUUCAACGACGACGACGGAGACCCUUUCCCCAGAUACGACCCGCAAGACUUGAACAACCACGGCACUCGGUGCGCCGGGGAGGUGGCUAUGGCAGCCAACAACCGCAACUGCGGCGUGGGAGUCGCCUACGAGGCCCGGAUCGGAGGCAUUCGCAUGCUGGACGGGGACGUGGUGGAUGCCAUAGAGUCGACGUCGCUGGCCUUCAAUGUGGAGGGCAUCGACGUGUUCAGCGCAUCCUGGGGUCCCUCGGACGACGGACGAACCGUCGACGGGCCCAAGAGGCUGGCCAGCGAGGCCCUGCGCAAGGGCGUCACCAAGGGCCGGAGAGGUAGAGGCUCCGUUUACGUCUGGGCAUCCGGCAACGGAGGCGCCCGCGGAGACAACUGCAACUGCGACGGCUACGCCAGCUCUCCGUACACGCUGUCCGUGUCGAGCGCCAGUCAGCGAGGGCGCUUCCCGUACUACGGAGAAAAGUGCGCGUCCACCAUGGCAGCCGCGUACUCUUCGGGCGCCUACACGGACCAGAAGGUGGCCACGUCGGACCUGCACGAUCGCUGCACGACCCAGCACACGGGCACGUCGGCGUCGGCGCCUCUUGCCGCCGGCAUCGUGGCCCUCGUGCUCCAGGCCAACCCAGGCCUCGGAUGGAGGGACGUGCAGCACCUCGUGGCCUGGACGUCAGACUUCGCGCCCCUGGCCGCCAACCGGGGCUGGCAGCGAAACGCGGCCGGACUGCUUUUCAACAGCCGCUUCGGGUUCGGCCUGCUGGACGCCCACGCCAUGGUGCAGGCGGCCCUGAACUGGACCGCCGUGGGCCCGCAGAGAAGCUGCCUCCUGGAGCCACAGGUCCCCUUGCCGUUGCCCAUGGAGUCCGGACAAGAGCUUCGGGUUCCCUUCUCGGCGGACGGGUGCGCGGUCUCCGCCCUGGAGCACGUUCAACUCCACCUGGACCUGGAGUACUCGCGGAGGGGCGUCCUGGACGCCUACCUGCGGUCACCGGCCGGUUCGGAGAGCGUGCUGCUGUACCGCCGAGCCAAGGACAGCACGGCCCAGGGUUUCCGCGGCUGGACAUUCCUCACGGUCCACUUCUGGGGGGAGGACCCCAGGGGAGUCUGGACCUUCGUCGUCAGGGACAAGCAAGCUCAGGGACACUCCGGCGCGCUGAAUGCUGUCUCGCUGUCCCUCUCCGGAACCCGAAAGCGGCCCCGGCACCAGGAGGAGCGCGGUGGAUGGAGACACUACGCCGACGAGCUGCUCGCGCGUAGGGCGCUGGACCCUGUGCCCGAGUACGAGGACGAGCCGAACCAGGAGGACCCCCGUCGCUGGCAGCAGCUGCUCGGUCAGGUGUGGGCUUGAGCGAGAAGCAAUAAGGCCCGGCCGCCAAAGGGCACCGAGCACCGAGGGAACCCCCCGCGCUCGCCAAACCACCGCCUAGGGACAGGCGAAACGCGGAUGGCCUUUAGAAAUUUCGUGAGACUUCGCUCAACCCUCGGACCAAGCAUGGCCGAGCGACCGACAAGGUUGCCAGCCUCCUGUUUGUACUGUUUGCACCUACCGUCAUAAAAUCUGGCAGAGAAAGAUGGUCUCCCUCCUUGGCCUUGCAUGCGUGCUUGUUCUCUCUUCUACCUUACGAUAG